ACAAAGAAGAGAGAGGAUAAGGAAAAUAAAAUGUCUGUUGGCCUUGACGUUGGGAUUGGGCGGGUAGAGAUAUCCCGGCAGAAAAUAACAGCGGCAAGUAAAGUCAAAGGGGACGGUCAACGGCGUGCAGGUGUAUUAAAAAUGGUGGACAGACAGCUAUCAAAGGGCAACUUUAAAAUGGCUCUUUCUCUACUCAAACAAUUGCAUCUCUCUGCCUUCUCUUCUUGUUCUUCUUCUUCCAAACAAGUUCCCAAAAGAGUCUCAUCAGUAGAGGAAUUAAAUCUAAGCAUGACUGAGACAUCUACUCUGCAACCAUUAUUUGACUCCAUUCUCGGUUCAAUCAAGAGUAGCCUUGAAUCUUCACCAUUGGAUGAGACACUAACCGGUGAAGACGGUAACUUGUACCUUGAAGAUGAUGAUAUAAUUGACAACAAGCAAGUUGUGCAGCAUGAAGCGGGUCACUUUUUAGUUGGCUACUUGCUAGGAAUUUUACCAAAAGAGUACAGCUUUUCCAGCUUGGAAGAUGUGAAGCAAGACAAAGUUGCUGUUGCAAGUGUAAAAUUUAUAGGCUUUGAAUUUUUGGCAGAGUUAGAAGAUAAAGUGCAAUUGAAGAAAAAAUCACAUGAAGCAAAGCCAGGUCAUCGGGCUAAUAAGAACAAGCUAUCUUCCACGGUUUUAUGCAAGUUCGCCUGUGUGAUUGUCGGAGGCUUGGUAGCAGAGCAUCUGGUCUUUGGAUACUCAAAAGGGCAUCAUGCAGAUGUUGAAAAAUUGGACAGAGUUCUUAAAUGGAUGCAUUUCACGGAAGAUGAAGCAAACACUCUGAUGAGAUGGGCUGUACUGAACACCCUCCUAAUAUUAAAUCGUCAUGAUGAAGCUAGAUCAACAUUAGUGGAGGCCAUGGUUGAUGGAAGAUCGAUUGGAAAGUGUAUUGAUAUGAUAGAAAGUACAAUAAAUGAUCACAAAAUCUAACCUUCUCAAAUAUUGGGCAUCAUGCCGUUAGUUUGCUUCAAGAACACUUUGCAGUCAGUCAUUGGAACUUACAUACUUGUAAGUUUCAUAUUGUACAUCAUCUGAUGCUGUAAAAACCAUACACAGCUACUUGGAAAUUUCACAAUGUAAUCUCCUUAUCAUCAACAUUCAUCCCACUGCAGUGCAGGGAUAUAUAGAUUACAGACUUAGUUAUGUUUCAAAGUGCAGCGCAGCACAUUUAAAGAAUCUUUCAGUUUGUUGUAUCUCUUGAUUGCAAUUGUAUGUACUUGAACUCAUUAGAAAAUUGAUUCAUUUUGUGCUAUUAAGUUACUACAACCUUGCUAUGAAAA